GAACAUGGCCUCCGCAGUAGCAGUAUCACAAGAGAGCAAGAAAAGGCAUCGCACAGACCAGUAGAUGUUGUGGAGACUACUAUCUGGCCAGAGACUAACACCUUUGAAAGAGAAACCUCACGAUUGUAAAACAACAAAAUCCGAAGGUGAGAACGAAACUCCAACUCAGAGCAAGGAAGUUGUUGGUCCACAGGAAGUCAUCAAACAUCCCUUGCAGAACAAGUGGGCCCUCUGGUUCUUCAAAAACGACAAGUCCAAAUCCUGGGCAGAUAACUUAAGAAUCAUAACCUCGUUUGACACAGUGGAAGACUUCUGGGCGUUGUUUAACCAUAUUCAGUGUGCGAGCAAACUUCAAUCCGGAUGUGACUAUUCACUAUUUAAGGAUGGUAUCAAACCCAUGUGGGAGGAUGGCAAGAAUAAAGCUGGUGGUCGUUGGCUGGUGAAUCUGGGUCGGCCAAAACCCCAGGAUGUAGACAGAUUCUGGUUGGAAUCGCUGUUGUUCCUCAUCGGAGAGUCGUGCGACGAUGAAAGUGAAUUGGUAAAUGGAGGUGUCAUCAAUGUCCGGAGCAAGGGUAACAAGAUUGCUGUGUGGACAGGCAACUAUAAGAAGGAGGAAGGCAUCAUGAAGAUUGGGCGUGGAUUCAAGGAAGUUCUUCAUCUACCACCUAAGACAUUAAUAUCAUAUGAGGCCCACGCAGACACGAUGUCCAAAACAGGAUCUGUGGCAAAGAGCCGUUAUGUGGUAUGAUAGUGGGCUGCCAUAGAUGUUACGUGUAUAGCUUAUAUGAUAUGUAGAGGGGCACCGGUGUACAGCAGGACAUGUACAGUGAUUUCUGUAUGCCAUAAAGGUGCUGUAAUGUAAGGGGAUGGGAAAAGGAAAUAAGAGCUGAAAAUUUAUGGAAGGCAUUUUGCCAUGUAAUGGCUAGGACCUUUCUAAAAGCCACUUUAUUGGCAAGGUCAUCUUGCUUUUUCAGCCAACAUCAAGCAUGAUAUCUAAGAUGAAGAUGUCAUCUAAGAUAUCAGCUUGAUUACAUGAGUAAGGAGGCAAGUUUUCCCAGAUUGGAUGGUCUGGAGCUAAAAUUACUCUUCGUCAAACCAGCUUGAUUAAAAAGAUCUGUUGAAGUCAGCCACAUGGAGUUCCAGUAAUAAUUUAUUGUUAUUGAUAUCUGUGGCAUCACAACCCCGAAAAAGAGAACUUCAGGUGGCAGUGGCCCACCAAGUAGCUUUUUAGCAAAGAUGAUGCCACAACUUUCAUUACUAUUUAUUAUUUUUAUUUAUGCCUUAGUUCUGACUGGAGACAAUGUCAUCAGAUUUUCCCUCAAAAGACAUUAUUGGUUUUUGAAAAAUCAAUUUCUAAAAAAGUCAAAUUCUGUUUUGAAACUUAAACAGCUUUUUUCUGUUAUUUUAUGUGUUUUAACUUUAAAGUGUUAAACAUUGAUUUAUGCAAAUCUUACAAUUGACUUAUGGUAAGUAAUCAGUAGAGGUCACAAAAGGCAGGUGAGGACUGUAUACAUAUAUUUUCACAAAAGACAUUGGCAGUUAUUAUCAAAAGUAUUGUUGGCGAGGAGUUGAUAUUUCCAGCACUCUCAAAGUUUUUUGUUCUGAUCUGAGUCUCAGAAUGGGUGUUCCUGUCCCUUUUUGUAGGAUUGUUUGGCAAAUGGUUCACACUCAUGCUUCAGUGGUGACUGCACCUGAAGAAAUGCCAAAAUGAAAGCUCACAGAGGUUUGGGCUUGAAUUAUUCUAGGAGAGCAUACAUGUAUGUGUGAUAGCUGCAUUAUCCUGAGUGUGGUUGCCCAUUGUUGAAAUGUCCAUGCAGGAAAGUAUGGGGCAUUUUCUUCAGGUAAAUAGUGAAGCAGCUUUGAGUAGUUUAGCUGAGUCAGUAAAGAAAAACUUAUUCCUGCGCUCAGCGUGUACAAGAGAGAGUGUGGCUUACUUUUCUGGGUGGAGCAUGCAUUAUUUCUGUGUUUCAUGAGUCAACUGAAAGAUAAUGCAUCUAACAUCAAGUUCACAUACAUGUCCAAUUGAGUCAUGCAUGCAAAGAGACAUAGUUACUAGUGGGAUGGUAGAAUGUGUACAUGUACAUGAGGAAAUAUAACUCACAAAUUGUCAAGUGAAGGUGGUACUACAAGGAAUAUCCCCCUGUUGUGAUUGUUGAAUUGAUAGUUUGUUGGGUAACAUACGAUAUUGUGUUGUGUAUUCUCAGUUAUGUAUGUGACCAUUGCCAAGACAUCUUUUGAAUGGGCACACAGAAAGUACAAUGUUGUGUGUAAAUGAAUGACACGACUGACAUGACUGCAUCAUUCAUGUUAAUUUUCCAACAAAAAAACAGUGUUGGGCAAUUUUAGUGAGCUUGUUAGUGGGGGUCACAAGACCCUUUGUUGAACUUCUUGGUUUCCAUCGCACUUUACAUGAGCUGGAUCCUUGUGGGUUCAAAAAGGACUCAGUUGUAAAGCUGAAAUAAAUAUGGUUGAUUCACAAUACAUGUAGUGGGCCUCCAAGAGUUUGCAACACGUUGACCAGUCACA